AUGUUGGGGCCCGAAAGCUGCUUCGUUGUAGAUGACGGCACGGGACGCGCAGUGGGGUAUCUCCUCGGCGUCCCCGACACGGUCGGCUUUGUGCAGGAUUACCGGGAGAAAUACAUACCGUACUUGAGGUCGGAAGGGUUCGAGAAACCCGGGCCCGACGAGCCCACGGGCUGGGACGAGCACCUCCCCAAUGCGCUCAGGCAGAUCAUGUUCAAUCCAGAAGGGAUGUUGCAUAAAGACCACCCACAGAUGAUGGAGCAAUGGCCCGCGCAUCUGCAUAUAGAUCUGCUGGACACUCACCAGCGGCAAGGCUGGGGUCGACAACUGAUUGAUCGCUUCUGCUCGCUGGCCAAAGAACGGGGCGCCAAAGGAGUACACCUGGGCAUGGCAGCAGCGAACGAAAACGCCUACAAAUUCUACGCUCGCGUGGGAUUCAAGCGGUUCCCUGUUGUGCUCGACAACGGUGCGAGUGGUGAGGAAGGCCAGAACGGCAAUACUAUCUGGCUGGUCAAGACUCUUUGA